CCGCCAUGUCGGACAAAAUGGCGGCGGCCGCAGCCUCCCCUCAGCCGCAGACGGUCCCCGGGCAGCAGGCAGCGGAGGCCGAGGGCAGCUGCCCCCGCAGCGGCGGCAUGGACGGGGAGAACGAAGCGGAGGAGUUCGGGUGCCCGGCGCACUGCUCCGACCUGGCCUGGAGGCAGAACGAGCAGCGCCGCCACGGCCUCUACUGCGACAUCACCCUGGCCUUCGGCGGCGGGCGGCCCGGGGCUGCCCGCGAGUACCGAGCGCACCGCUCCGUCCUGGCCGGCGCCACCGAGUACUUCACUCCGCUCUUCUCGGGCGGCUUCGCCGAGUCGCGCUUGGACCGCGUGGAGCUGCAGAAGUGGAGCUCGGAGGGCGGCCCCGACCCCGACACGGUGGAAGCCGUUAUCGGCUUCAUGUACACCGGCACCAUCCGCGUCAGCCCCGGCAACGUGCACGAAGUGCUGGAGAUGGCCGACAGGUUCCUGCUGAGCCGCCUGAAGGAGUUCUGCGGAGAGUUCCUGAAGAAGAAGCUGAACCUCUCCAACUGCGUGGCCGUGCACAGCCUGGCGCACAUGUACUCGCUCAGCCAGCUGGCGCUGCGGGCGCAGGACAUGAUCCGCAGGAACUUCCACAGAGUCAUCCAGGAUGAGGAGUUCUACACUCUGCCUUUCCACCUGGUCAGGGACUGGCUCUCGGACUCGGAGAUCACGGUGGACUCGGAGGAGAUCCUCUUCGAGACUGUUCUGAAGUGGGUCCAGAAGAACCCCGAGGAGAGGGAGAGGUACUUUGAGGAUCUCUUUAAGCUGCUGAGGCUGUCCCAGAUGAAGCCUACCUACCUCACCCGCCACGUCAAACCCGAGAGGCUGGUGGCCAGCAGCGAGGGCUGUGCCCAGCUGGUGUCGGAGGCCGUGGAGAGCCAUGCCCUGCGCUCCGAGAACCUGCGGGCCGGCAACCUGCAGCCCUCCAGCUGCCCCCUGGCCCUGCUGCCGCGCUUCGGGCAGAACAUGGAUGUCAUCAUGGUGAUCGGGGGCGUGUCGGAGGGGGGGGACUACCUGAGCGAGUGCGUGGGGUACUUCAUCGAGGAGGAUCGCUGGGUCAACCUGCCCCACAUCCACAACCACCUGGAUGGCCACGCCGUGGCUGUCACUGACUCCUACGUCUACGUGGCUGGCUCCAUGGAGCCAGGCUUCGCCAAGACUGUGGAGAGAUACAACCCCAGCAGGAACAUCUGGGAGCAGGUCUCUAACCUGAUCACCAGGAAGCACUCCUUCGGCCUCACCGAGGUCAGGGGCAACCUGUACAGCAUCGGCGGGCACGGCAACUUCAGCCCCGGCUUCAAGGACGUGGCCAUCUACAGCCCGGAGAAGGACAAGUGGCUGAGCCUGGAGUCGGCACCCAAGAUCCUGCGCGACGUCAAGGCCGCCGCGGUCGAGGAUCGCUUCGUCUACAUCGCCGCCCGCACGCCCGUGGACAGCGACAGCGAGGACGGCCUCAGGGCAGUCUUCAUCAGGUUCGAUGCCGAGACUCGGCAGUGGCAGGACGUGGAGUCCCUGCCCCUCAUCGACAACUACUGCUCCUUCCAGAUGUCCGUGGCCAACACCAACUUCUACCACACUGCGUCCUGCUGCCCCAAGAGCUACCCCAUAGACAAUGAGGAGGCCAAGGCCAAGAUCAGCGGCAGGGCCUCCGAUGAGAUCCUGGAGAGCUUGCCCCCGGAGGUGCUCAGCAUCGAGGGGGCAGCCAUCUGCUACUACAAGGACGAUGUCUUCAUCAUCGGGGGGUGGAAGAACAGCGACGACAUCGACAAGCAGUACCGGAAGGAGGCCUACCGCUACUGCGCCGAGAGGAAGCGCUGGAUGCUGCUGCCCCCCAUGCCGCAGCCCCGCUGCAGGGCCACCGCCUGCCACGUCAGGAUCCCCUUCAGGUGCUUGCAGGGGACGCAGAGGUACCCCAUGCCUCAGAACCUGAUGUGGCAGAAGGACAGGAUAAGGCAGAUGCAGGAGAGGCAGAUGCAGGAGAUCCAUCGGCACUCCGUGAGCCUGCGCCGCCUGCCGCGCUCCCAGAUUGAGUGCUAGCGGCUGCCACCCUCCUGCUCGGGCUGAGGCACAAAGUGCUGAGCCCUUCUCUUGGGCUUCUCCUGCCUUUGUAAGAGCUGAGGGUGAGGAUUGCAUUGGAUGCAUCAAACCAGCAUCUCUAGGGUGUUGGAAGUGAAGAAGCUCAGGAACUGAGUUCAGAUGGGAACUGAGUGACGCCGUAGGUCCGACAGUGUUAGCGGUGCCCAGGGGCAGAGUGCAGCCUGGCAGGGACUGUGGAGCACCUCUGGGCAUGUGAAGUCUGUUACUGCUCUCUUCAGGUCUUUGUUUUCAAGGGUUUGUGUGGAGCCAGUCUCUGGAGGUGCUGUGUGGAACAUCAGAGGUCUGUGUCUCAGCCCCCAGAGGCUCCAUUCCUGUGCUCGGGAGCACCUCUUUGAUUUGCACUUCUCUUGACAUUCCAUGGAGCCUCCUGCUCAGUGGCAGCUCCACAGCUGCUUGGCGUGGGUGUGCUUGGCUUUCCCAGGCUGGGGGCAGGUGCAAUAGUUGUGUAUGGAAAGCAAAGCACAAUCUUCCUUCACGGAGGUAUUCUGGGAUGUUUCUGUGUGUGUGAGACGUUUUGUGUGCUGGGGAGAGGCUGCAGAGUCUGGCUCUGGGUGGAGGCUUGGUUCAGCACCAGGCACUUGGCUCAAGCAGAGAACUUGAGGCAGUAGAUUUGUUCCUUUUCAGGUGUAUCUGAGGGUGCUUUGAGUUUGUCUUUGACCUGGGUCAGCUGGGUCAGUAGCAGCUGAUAAAGGGAGUGAACAUCUGAGAAGCUGCCCAGCAGCACUGCCUGGGCCCUCCUGGCUGUCAGCACUGUGAAGGAGGUCACAGCAGAAGACUGAAACCUGAGCUGCUUGCAGAUCCCUCUCAGGUGCUGCGGACGUUUUAUGCCAGUGAAGAAGUGCCCAGGAGAGCCCCUGGGAGCCUCUGCCAGCCUCCUUGACAAUCAGCACCUCUGGCUGUGCUGCAGUGCUCCUCAGGCCAGCACUUGGUGUCCUCCUGCAGCUCUCAGGCUCUAACCACUGCACUCCCCCAGGUCCCGUGGCUGUGAGGCUGGAGCUCACUUAAACACUUUCAGGCCUUUUGAGGUGGGUUCUGCAUGACCCUGGGCUCAGCUUUGCUGCUGUGCUCCUGAGGAGCAGAACGUGGGAGGUUUCCUGUGGAGUGUCACCACCUCAGGGAGUUGUCUUGCUGCAGGUUCAGUGAAUCCUUCACCUCCCUCCCCCAUGCCCUUCCCUGCCGUACAGACUGACCCAGGACCUUGGGGAGGGGAGGGAGAAGGACCCAGAGUGUCCCCCAGGCAGUUCAGGCAAGUGCUGGAGGACCUCUUCCUGCCUUUGGCCUUCUGGUGCUUUGCUGGUGGAUUGCUCUGGGCAGCAUCCCUGCAGAAGAGCUUUAACCAGCUUGGCUCUUUGUUUUGCAGAGGUUUCUCUGACACUUUCCCAUCCUGCAGGCAGCCUAGGUCAGAGCUGAGAGCCUGGGUAAGUCCUCCAAGCACACGGUGUGAAGGCUUCCCUGCUGUGUCCAUCCCUGGCAGAUCACUUGGCACUCUGGAUGUCAGGAGCUUGGCUUCUUGUAACAGUAACCCCACCUGGAAACUCCUAACAGCUUACUUUGCCCUUACUCACUCCUGGUAACCCUGCUGUGUUCUCUGCCUGCUGGAGUAUUAGGGCAGAUUGAGCUGUGCCAGGCUGGCCUGGAGCAAGAGAGGAACUGAGUCACAGGAGCUGCUCAGAGGAGCUGCCCCCCAGCAGCUGGUGCUGGCCUGCUGCAGAGUCUGGCCCAAGAGCAGAGGUGGCCUCACAAGCAGCUGAGGGGUGCUGGUACCAGGGCAGCAGAAAGGCCUCUGGCAGUUCAGGGAGAAGCUGCAGGGUUGCUGUGUCAGUGGGGGUGAGCCAGGGGUGCCUGGCAGCAUGCAGCAGAGGUGCAGGAGCAGUUUGCUUUCUAAGCAGCUUUGAUCUUGUACUCUGCAUGAGAACCUUUGCCUGUGAGGUCUGCUGAGGACAUUGCAGUGCAGGGCAGUGCCAGCCCAGCCUUGGUGCCUGCAGUGUGCAGCUCCUGAGCUCCAGCCACGAUUCCACACUGAGGGAUGGGCACUGACCAGUAGCUGCCUGCUCUGGCUCCUGCUCUGCCAGCUCCUGGAGCUUUGCAUCGCUGGGAUUUGGUUUGGCCUUGACUUCAGCUGCACUGGUCCUGGGCUGAAGGCUCCCUGUGUGCCAUGGGGGUGCUGGGAGCAGGGGCACUCCUGCCUCUGGCUGGCAUUUGUCCCACUAACCUGAAUAUUCCUUAUGGCACUCAGCUGCUUGGCUCUGCUGCAUGCCUGUGCCACAGGGCAGCAGCAGCAGCCUGGGAGGUGUGUGUGGCUGUGGCUGGUUCAGGGUCAGCCACUGCUGGGAGGCUGACUCCUGGCCUUCUUCAUGGCACACCGGGUGUAGUUUUCCUCCUCUUCCUCGUGACACCCAACCCUGCACCAGGCAUAUGCCACACCAUGCAUGCUUCCCCUCCUGCCUUCCUGCUCCAGGUGCAAGUGGGGCAAAGCACCUCCUGCCUGGUCCUUGUGCACGAUUCCAAGUGCCUGCUGUGCCCUCCCCAGCCUGCUGGCCCUGCAUGUGUCUGAUAAAACUCUUGCACCUAGCAGGAGCCCACUGCAGAGCUGAAGACAGCAGGGCAGCUUUCCAGCAUGCCCCAUGCCCAGCUGUGCCAGGCUCUGCUGCCCCACUGCAGCGUUUGCUUUUCUCCCUGCCAGUUCUGAAGGCCUGGCUCAGCUGGUGCCACAGAGUGCUCACUGGUGACAAAGCCAGUCACAAACUGCAGCUCUGGGUUGGUUUUAUCACAGCCUUGUCAUGGUUAUCUGGUGCCAUCCAACGGGCUGGCAAAAGUGGGUUUAAAGAGUUAAUGGCUUGGGUUUACUGGCAGCUGUACCCAUGCUCUGUGAGGGCACAAAUCAGAGCUGCCCUGUGGCAAUCUUGAGUGGGUCUGAGCAAAGAGCUGCUUUGGGAGCCCCAGUGUCAUGUGAAGCUCUUUGGAGAGCACCCAAGGUCAGACACUCCUCAGGGGGCUGUGCCACUGUGCACCCUGCUGUUGGUGCUGGUGCAGCUGCGGGGGGCAGGGGAAGCAGCACUCCUGUGCCCACUGCAGCUGUGUGUGUGCUGGGGCUGGGGAGCAGCCCUGAUGGGUGUCCUGUGAUGCACUGUACUGAAGUCUCCUGUCAGAGGUGAACUAAUGCAAAUAAACCUUCUAUUUCUGUA